CCAGCAUGCACAGAGGAGCGCCAGAGGAGCUAUGAGCGAACCGAGCUGUGGAUCCAUGAGCCCGGCUUCGGAGUGAUUGGAGGCUCGGAGUGAAACGCCAGGCUGGACAUAAAGCGCUGGACGCUCCUUUAACCAAGACUGGACGGUUGAUACGCGCUCAGCAACGGCCAUGGCUGCGUCCGAGCUGUACACAAAGUAUGCCCGGGUGUGGAUUCCUGACUCUGAAGAGGUUUGGAGGUCAGCUGAACUGACGAAGGAUUACAAACAGGGAGAUACUGUACUGCACCUACAGCUGGAGGAUGGCACGGAUCUGGAGCACAAGUUGGACCCGAAGACGAAGAACUUGCCGCACCUGCGGAACCCUGACAUCCUGGUGGGAGAGAAUGACCUGACGGCUCUGAGUUACCUGCACGAGCCAGCCGUGCUGCACAACCUUAAAGUGCGCUUCAUCGACUCCAAACUCAUCUACACCUACUGUGGUAUUGUGUUGGUGGCCAUUAACCCAUAUGAGACGCUGCCCAUCUACGGCACAGACAUCAUCAAUGCCUACAGCGGCCAGAACAUGGGGGACAUGGACCCCCACAUAUUCGCUGUGGCGGAGGAGGCCUACAAACAGAUGGCCAGAGAUGAGAGGAAUCAGUCCAUCAUCGUGAGCGGAGAGUCCGGGGCAGGGAAGACAGUUUCGGCGAAAUAUGCUAUGCGUUACUUCGCUACAGUCAGUGGCUCAGCCAGCGAGGCAAACGUGGAGGAAAAAGUGCUGGCCUCCAAUCCCAUCAUGGAGGCCAUAGGAAACGCUAAGACCACGAGAAAUGACAACAGCAGUCGCUUUGGGAAGUACAUCGAGAUCGGCUUCGAUAAGAAGUAUCAUAUCAUUGGGGCGAACAUGAGGACGUACCUGCUGGAGAAGUCUCGAGUUGUGUUUCAGGCGGACGAGGAGAGGAAUUAUCAUAUCUUCUACCAACUCUGUGCCUCCUCCCAUCUCCCAGAGUUCAAGGCCCUGAAGCUCAGCAGCGCUGAUGAUUUCCACUACACCAAGCAGGGCCGGAACCCAGUGAUUGAUGGAGUGGACGAUGCGAACGAAAUGUCCACCACCAGGAACGCCUUCAUACUACUGGGUAUUAAUGAGUCAUAUCAGAUGGGGCUGUUCCAGGUGCUGGCAGCCAUCCUGCACCUUGGCAACGUGGACGUGAAGGACAGAGACGCUGACAGCAGUGUCAUACCGCCCAAUAACAGCCACCUGAUGGUGUUCUGUGAGCUGAUGGGCGUUGCCUAUCAGGAUAUGUCCCACUGGCUGUGCCAUAAGAAGCUGAAGACGGCGGCGGAGACCUACAUCAAACCCAUCCCCAAACUGCAGGCCAUCAACGCCCGGGACGCUCUCGCCAAACACAUCUACGCCAAACUCUUCAACUGGAUCGUCGACCACGUCAACAAAGCGCUGCACUCCACCGUCAAACAGCACUCCUUCAUCGGUGUGCUGGACAUUUACGGGUUUGAAACCUUCGAGAUCAACAGCUUUGAGCAGUUUUGUAUCAAUUACGCCAACGAGAAAUUACAGCAGCAGUUUAACAUGCAUGUGUUUAAGCUGGAGCAGGAGGAGUAUAUGAAGGAGCAGAUUCCGUGGACUCUGAUUGAUUUCUAUGAUAAUCAACCCUGCAUUAACCUGAUCGAGGCUAAGAUGGGCAUCCUGGACCUGUUAGAUGAGGAGUGCAAGAUGCCUAAAGGUUCUGAUGACUCUUGGGCUCAGAAGCUCUAUAACACUCACCUGAAGACGUGUUCGCUGUUUGAGAAGCCACGCAUGUCCAAUAAAGCCUUCAUCAUCCAGCACUUUGCAGACAAGGUGGAGUAUCAGUGCGAAGGCUUUUUGGAGAAAAACAAAGACACAGUAAAUGAAGAACAGAUUCACGUGCUGAAGGCCAGUAAGAAGUUUGACCUGCUGGUGGAGCUGUUCCAGGAUGAGGAGAAAGCCACCAGCCCGACUGGAGCGGGUCCUGCCACAGGGGGGCGCACUCGCCUCAGCGUCAAACCAGACAAGGGCAAACCGGCCCAGUCCAGCAAGGAGCACAAGAAGACAGUGGGACUGCAGUUCCGGAACUCUCUGCAGCUCCUGAUGGAGACGCUGAACGCUACAACGCCGCACUAUGUCCGCUGCAUCAAACCCAAUGACUACAAAUACGCCUUCACGUUUGACCCAAAGAGGGCUGUGCAGCAGCUGAGGGCGUGUGGUGUGCUGGAGACAAUCCGCAUCUCUGCUGCAGGAUUUCCAUCCAGGUGGACCUACCAGGAGUUCUUCAGCCGCUAUCGUGUUCUGAUGAAGCAGAAGGACGUCCUGCCUGAUAAGAAGAUGACCUGUAAGAAUGUUUUGGAGAAGCUGGUGCAGGAUCCAGAUAAGUACCAAUUUGGAAAGACGAAGAUAUUUUUCCGGGCGGGGCAGGUGGCUUACCUGGAGAAGCUCCGGGCGGAUAAACUACGAGCUGCCUGCAUCCGCAUCCAGAAGACCAUCCGCUGCUGGCUGGCCCGCAAGAAGUACCUGCGCAUGAAACACGCUGCGAUCACCAUCCAGAGAUACGUCCGAGGAUACCAGGCCCGCUGCUUGGCUACGUUCCUGCGUCGCACGAGAGCUGCCAUCAUCAUCCAGAAAUACCAGCGGAUGUAUGUGGCGAGAAGCAGCUACAGACGCAAACAGGCGGCCGCUCUGGCCAUGCAGUGCAUCCUCCGAGCGUAUAUGGCCAGGCAGCUGUACAAAGCGCUGCUGCGGGAGCAUAAGGCCAUCAUUAUUCAGAAGAUGGUCCGAGGCUGGUUGGCCCGUCAGUGGUAUAAGCGCUCUCUGGCCGCCGUGGUUUACCUGCAGUGCUGCGUGCGGCGCAUGAGGGCCAAGCGCGAGCUGAAGAAGCUAAAGAUCGAAGCUCGAUCUGUCGAACACUACAAGAAGCUCAACAUCGGCAUGGAGAACAAAAUCAUGCAGCUGCAGCGCAAGAUCGACGAUCAGAAUAAGGAUAACCGCUCUCUGAGUGAGCGUCUGAGCGGGUUGGAGGCGACCCAUGCUGUGGAGAGCGAGCGUCUGCGGAGGGAGCUGAGCCGGUUACGCUGCGCGGAGGAGGACGCCAAGAACAGUAAUAACAGAGUGAUCACGCUGCAGGAGGAGCUGGAGCGUCUGAGGGCGGAGCUACAGAGCACGCAGAAAGAGAAAAAGGCCAUAGAGGAGUGGGCACAGAAAUACCAGGACGAGAUGGAGCAGAUGAUCUCGGAGCUGAAGGAUCAGAACAACCUGCUGAAGAACGAGAAGAACGACUUAAACCGGCUCAUUCAGGAACAGGGCCAGCAGUGGACAGAGAAAAUGCAGAGGGCUCUGAAGGAGGAGACGGCUCAGCUGGAGAGCGAUCUGAACGAGGAACGUUCCCGCUAUCAGAAUCUCCUCUCAGAGCAUCUCCGACUGGAGGAGAAAUACGACGACCUCAAGGAGGAGAUCUCACUCACCGUGAAUGUCCCAAAGCCGGGCCACAGGAGAACAGACUCCACCCACAGCAGCAACGAAUCAGAAUAUACUUACAACUCAGAGUUCGCCGAGUCAGAGGAGGGGUCACGAGGAGUGGAGGAUGUGACGAAGGCAUCUCUGGACAUGGCUCUGUUCCUGAAGCUGCAGAAGCGAGUGACAGAGCUGGAGCAGGAGAAACAGGGGCUUCAAAACGAGCUGGACCGCAGAGAGGAGCAGUUUCAGCGGGCUAGAGCCAGGGAUGAUGAAGAGCAUAAGAAAGCUCGCAGCGCAGAACUGGAAUAUGAAUCUCUCAAGCGUCAGGAGCUUGAAUCAGAGAAUAAGAAGCUGAAGCAUAAUCUGAAUGAGAUACGUCAGUCUCUGAUGGGCAACACCGGCGCUGUUUCGGCCGCCCCCGGAUCGCCUGCUUACAAGGUUUUGCUGGAUCAAUUAAACGCCUCCAACGAGGAGCUGGAGGUCCGAAAGGAGGAAGUGCUCAUCCUCCGCUCUCAACUGGUCAGCCAGAAAGAAGCUAUGCAGCACAAGGAUGAGAAGGAGACCAUGACUGAGCCGCUGCAUUAUGUGGAGGACGUGCAGAAGCUCACUGAUGCUAAAGAGAUCUCUCAGGCUUACAUGGGCCUCAAGGACACCAACAGAUCGCCCAGGUUUCUGCGCAGGCCGCUCGAGGUGAACGAGCUGGUGAAUAGGCUGAGAUCACCUCUCCCUGACAUGCGUAAGAUGAAUGAGGAUGGAGAGCUGUGGCUGGUGUAUGAAGGCUUGAAGGAGACCAACAGGUUAUUGGAGUCUCAGCUGCAGGCUCAGAGGCGUUCUCACGAGUCAGAGUUGGAGGCUUUGCGUGGAGAGCUGCAGAGCGUGAAGGAGGAGAACAAUCGGCAGCAGCAGCUCCUCGCUCAGAACCUGCAGCUCCCACCAGAGGCUCGCAUAGAGGCCAGCCUGCAGCACGAAAUCACACGACUGACUAACGAGAACCUGGUGAAUCCCACUGAGGACCCUAAAGCCUACAGAAUCAGCGUUCUGCGGAGGAUGAUUGACCUCAUGGAGCAGCUGGAGAAGCAGGAUAAGACGGUCCGAAAACUGAAGAAGCAGCUCAAAGUGUUCGCUAAGAAGAUAAACGACCUGGAAGGUGGUCAGAUCGAGAACGUGUCUCCGGGUCAGAUGGCGGAUGAGCCGAUCCGUCCAGUCAGCAUUCCACGCAGAGAGAAGGAUUUCCAGGGAAUGCUGGAAUACAAGAAGGAGGACGAGCUCAAGCUGGUCAAGAACCUCAUCCUGGAGCUUAAGCCGCGUGGUGUAGCAGUGAAUCUGAUUCCCGGUUUGCCGGCCUACAUCCUCUUCAUGUGUCUCCGGCACGCCGAUUACAUCAACGAUGACCAGAAAGUCCGAUCACUCCUCACCUCCACCAUCAACAGCAUCAAGAAGAUCCUCAAAAAAAGAGGUGAUGACUUUGAGACGGUGUCGUUCUGGCUGGCCAACACUUGCCGCUUCCUGCACUGUCUGAAACAGUACAGCGGAGACGAGCAAUUUAUGAAGUAUAACAGUCCUAAGCAGAACGAGCACUGUCUGAGUAAUUUUGACCUGGCCGAGUACAGGCAGGUUCUGAGUGACCUGGCCAUUCAGAUUUAUCAGCAGCUCAUUAAGUGCAUGGAGAACAUCCUGCAGCCCAUGAUUGUCUCUGGUAUGCUGGAGCAUGAGACAAUCCAGGGAGUGUCCGGCGUGAAGCCGACGGGUCUGCGGAAGCGGACGUCCAGCAUUGCAGACGAAGGGACCUACACACUGGACUCCAUCAUCAGACAGCUCAACUCCUUCCACUCCAUUAUGUGCCAGCAUGGCACUGACCCCGAGCUCAUCAAACAGGUGGUCAAACAGCAGUUCUACAUCAUCGGUGCGGUCACUCUCAACAACCUGCUGCUACGGAAGGACAUGUGCUCAUGGAGCAAGGGCAUGCAGAUCAGGUAUAAUGUGAGCCAGCUGGAGGAGUGGCUGAGGGACAAGAACCUGAUGGUGUGUGGAGCGAAGGAGACACUGGAGCCUCUGAUCCAGGCCGCUCAGCUGCUGCAGGUCAAGAAGAAGACCGACGAGGACGCAGAGGCCAUCUGCUCCAUGUGCAACGCUCUUACUACUGCUCAGAUUGUGAAGGUGCUGAACCUGUACACACCUGUCAAUGCAUUUGAAGAGAGAGUGUCGGUAACAUUCAUACGAACCAUACAGAAUCGCCUGCGGGAUCGGAAGGAAUCACCGCAGCUUCUCCUUGACACCAAAAUAAUCUACCCGGUCACCUUCCCCUUCAACCCCUCCUCUCUGGCCCUGGAGACCAUCCAAAUCCCUGGCAGCCUCAACCUGGCCUUCCUCACCCGCGUGUAGAAACCUGCCAAUCACGCCGCCUCGGCCAAUCACGUCAGGAGAAAGAUGAAGAAUAAAUAAUAAAAAAGGAACACAAAUGAAUAUCACACCCUCAAAGAGAAUGCAGUGGUACAGACUUCAUAUCACGUCACUGAUCUGUCCAGAACAGAUCGUCCUCAUACACAAACACAUCCCUCUGUUCUCGUUCGUCCAGCACUGGAAGAUUGCAAGGAAGAGCUUCAGUGGCUUGAGAUGACCGAUAGGAAUGUACCAUUUUUAAAAAAUCACUUCCUCCGGUUGGGUUCAUCACGAAUGCACUCUUCAGAACAGUACCUGUACCAUGUAUCACUGCAUAGCUAUAUAAGAGUAUGUAUCAUGCUAGAAAGUUUUAUUUAUUGCUUUAACCCAUUCUCUGCUUUAGAUAAUUCCCCCCGAACUCAAACACAGAUACGCGGCUGUUUCCAUAUCCGGGACGGUCCGAUCUUAAAUCGUCAGGAAGUGAAAUAGUAUGUAAACUCUAGUCCUCUAUUUGCAGUGUCCAUAUCAGAUGAAUAAUGUAGAAUAAUUUUUUAAAAAGGCGCUACAGUAAGUCUGCUUUCGAUGUAGAUGUUUAUUUGUUCGUAGGCCGUGUGAACAGUGGCUUUUAGUUUUUAGCGUACGUAGCUAGUUGUGUCUCACGUCACUUGGCGCUUGAUGAUGUCACGCACACCUGCACCGCUUUGAAGUCAAGAGCCUCCGCUCCUCGUCACACGUCCUUCACGUCUCUUCAUCUCAAGCUUGGAAAACACAGGUGAGAGGUGUGCGAGUGGUGCGGAGGUCUUCAAAUCCAGGCCUUGAGUCCAGUUUUCGGGUCCUGGAUUUUGUAAUUACAGUGAAAGGCUUGGAAACUGGAUUUAAGGUCUGGACUUGAAGACCUCUGGAGCUCUACAGACAUGUGACUGAAAAUUUUACAGCUGUCAGGAGAGUUUUGGAGAGUUCUAGAGCAGUGCUUCCCAAUCCAAUCCUGAGGGAUGACCAGAUGGUCCACUUUUUACUGUAUCCCAACUCACAGCACACCUGUACCAGGUAUCACACCUGAUCUAGGGAAGUUUGACUGGAAAUUUUAGAGUGCUCUCCGAGUUGUGGAGAGUUCUAGAGCAGUGUUUCCCAAUCCAGUCCUAAGAGACCACCAGAUGGUCCACUUUUUACUGUAUCCCAGCUCCUACCACACCUGUACCAGGUAUUCAUUCUUGAAUGCUUGAUCUAGAGAAGUUUGACUGAAAAUUUUGGAGUGGUCACUGAGUUAUGGAAAGUUCUAGAGCAGUGUUUCCCAAUCCAGUACUGAAGGACCACCAGACGGUCCAAUUUUUGCUUUAUCCUAACUCCCAGCACACCUGUACCAGGUAUUCAGUUCUUGAUUGCUUGGUCUACAGAUGUUUUAGUGGAAAUUUUGCAGCUGUUAUUGAAUUCUAGAGAGUUCUAGAAUGGUUCCUAAUCCAGUCCUUAGGUGUUUUGCACACCAGAACCUUUCUUAUUGGCUCUUUCAGCUCCCAGCACACCUGAUCCAAAUGCUAAAGAGCUGCAUACCUGGCUCAGGUGUGCUGGGAACUGCUAAGAAGUUACCUAUCUGGGGUUCCCUGAGGACGAGACUGGGUAAUGCUGCUCUAGAAGUUCUCCAGAACACAGUGACUGCAAAAAAUUUCAAACUUCUUCAGAGCUAGAACACUAUACUGAUCAUGUAUUCUCUAGUAAACACCAACAAACCCAAACGUUGGGUUGGUGUUUCAUACCUGUGGCUGUUGGAGAGUCUCCAGAGCACAGGUUCUUCAAAUCUGGAGCUUAAAUAGAGCAGUCCUGAAUUUUGGAAUCGCUCAACUGUUGGUGGAACUGAUUGGCCACUUAGUGUCAUAUCAACCAGCGAUUUAGAAAAUCCAGAACUGGAAACUGGACUCAUAGUCCAGAUUUGAAGACCUUUGUCCCCUGAAUAUCACAAAGCCUGUUCUCAAGUAAACACAGAUGUCAGAUUGAUUGUGUUAGAUCUGUGUGCUUGUUAGAGAGUCUCUAGAUCUAGGCUUUCCAGAUCUUCUCCUGAACAUCUUAAAGUCACCAGCUCUCAAAGUCACAUUUUGGAUGAGCCUGUAUUUUCCAACAAACAUAAAUAAACCAAACUGCUGGGUUGGUGUAUCAUGUUGGAGAGUCUCUAGAAAGUUCUCCUCGAUUCGCACUUGUUCAUUUGGCUUGUCAGUUGUUGGUGUUUGUCAGAAUGGCUUGUCUGGCUGUAAAGUUUCUCCACAUCCUGUGCCAAGCCGGAGUCUCGAAUGCACGAAAGUGCACACUCGCUAGCUGACAUGUACCUGUGCACUACUGAACUACUGAACGACAGGAGUGGAGGCUCCGUCUCUUUCAGCCUCCAGACGCUUCCUUCAGUAUUACCAGGUUUUAAAACCUAAAACACUGUUGCUUCAACAGCAUGCUAUGUUAAAUAAUAAAUUGGGUGAUAUUAAUGGGCAGGGCUCUAUUCUCGUUUACUCUUUUGUUUGUUUAUGUUUU